AGUCACAGUGGAAAUUUUACUCUAAACAAAUGAUGAACAACAUAAUAAGAAAGGCAUUGUUGUCGCUAAUUGCACUCCUGGGACUAUUUAGAAUUUGUCAGUGUAUGGUAAGUGCAGGCCAAGACUAUGUGGUAACCAAUGACCAAUUAAUACCCCUAGAGGUGGAGGGCAUGAUUAUUGAUUUUAGUCAUUUGGAAACCAUAGGGCGUCAACAUUUAGUCAAUGGUUCUUUGAUAAUACUGGAUGACUUGGAUGAUGAUAACUUUGGAUUUACCGUUGAAAUGUAUACCAGUCCCAAUGGUGAUGGUGAUUAUAAAAAAAUGGCCAUGGAUGUACCAAGGACCCAAGUUUGUGAGGGUUUUAAAAAAUUCUACAAGGAAUUCGUUCAGCCCUCUUUUACGUAUGGCGAAAACAGUAAUAUUCCCUAUAUUGAUGACGAUGGUUUGUGUCCUAUACCGGCCGGGGAAUAUUAUAUUAAGGAAAUUGAAUUCAAUACAGAUGCUUGGCCCAAUCAAAUGCCUCGAGGCACUUUAAAAGUGGUAGUAACAUUUUUUAAGGGAGACGAUGUGGUAGGUGGUCUAACGGCUUUGUUAAAAAUUGAAGAUGAUACUAGAUAAACUGACAGUAAUAAAUGUGGGGCAAUUUUUUGGAAUUGAAAACAAACUGAAAUUAAAGAAAUGUGUGUAAAAAAAAUAAAUAAAUUAUCACGAUAGGGGCCAGGAAUUGGAAUAAAUAUAAUUAUUCUGGACAAUAUCAGGUUUUAUUUAUAAAUAUCUAAAUUUGGGGUAAAUAUGUUUUCUCGUUAUGAACUAAAUAUCACAAAUUUGAACUUUACA